AGCCUUACAAUCGAUAAUCAGACGUUUGCGUUGCACGUGCGCUUGUUUUUAAAGAAAUAAACAAUAUCAUUAUAAACUAAUUAGUAGAAACUGAGCAACAAUGGGUGAGUUCAUAGCUGAGAUGCAGGAGCGCCUGCUGCCGGAGUACGAGCAGAUGAAGAACUACAAUGUAUUCACGGCGGAUCAAGUCAGAGAAAUCGUUAGCCGGCGCGAACGACUCUUUCUGAAGAUCACCAAGAGCCACCUGACCAUAAGUGACUACCUGGAGUUCAUACUGUACGAGAAACAAAUGCACCUGACUAUCGUGGAGAAGGAGAAGAAGAUGCACGUGAAGCUGACCGGGUUAAAGGCCUCCAUAGCAACUCGGAUCAUGCGCCUGUACAGGGAGGCUCUGGGAAAGUUUAACCACGACAGGCGGCUGUGGAGCAACUGGAUCAAGUUCAGCAAGAAGUCCAAUCCGGUGGAGGUGGCAGGCAUCUACGAAAAGAUGCUGCUGUACCAUGGCGACAUGCCGGACUUUUGGGUGGACGCCGCCUUGUGGUUGUACGAGUACAAUCGCCUCAAUAUUGAUCGUGUUAAGGACAUCCUGCUGCGCGGCCUUCAGCGACAUCCGGCUUCAGAGACCCUCAACAAAUGCUUCUUUGAUAUUAUGCUUCAAGAGGCUUCUUUAGCCAACGACGAACGUAAUCUAGCCGAAAACACGCUCUCCGAGCAGGAUAUUAAACUGGAACGCGUUGAAGCAGUCUACCGCAAUAGUAUGGCCAAUAUCACCCAUCUGGACUAUUUCGUGAAGCUCCUAGAGAGCUGUGAAGAUCAUCAGGAACUGACAGGCAAGCUGCAGCGCCUAAUAAUCGAUGAUAUGCAGGAGAAGUUUCCCAGGGAGCCGGGCCUGUGGGACCUGCUUGCCCAGCGGGAGCUGCGCGGUUUUCACCUGGGCGACCUGGAGGAGGAUGAGCUGGACACUAGCGAUGAUGAGCCGGCCAGCAAAAAAUCCCGCACUGUUAAUGCCCGCUCUCUCAAGCGACGCAUUCAGCUAUGCGUCACGGUCUACAAAUCUGCGGUGGAGGAGCUGCAAACGCCGGAGAUGUGGAACCUUUAUUUGGAUGCGAUGUUGGCCUUAAAUAGCGAUGGAAAGACUGAGCGUAUUCUUAAGCAGCAGUGCCUGGCGGAUGCUCUACAAGCGGGUCAUCGCUCUCAGUUGAUGGGUGUGAAACACUAUUCCACGCUGAGGAAGAUGCUCUGCACUGCUCCCAGUGGACGGGAGGCUGCGGUCACCAUUCUCACAGAGGCACUGAAGAGCGACUCCUCCGUGGAGAUGCAUGAACUCCUGCUGGUUACGCACAUCCAAAGCGAUAGUGAGCCAUUGAUCUAUGAGUUAUUCAACAAGGUCCAGAAGAGCAUGGGCAGUGAGGCGCUGCUGCUGUGGCGCAGUGUUAUUCUGUAUUAUCGCACCAGGCAGGACAGCUUGGGCGCCCGGAGGCUGGACGAGAUCUACGGCCUCGCCUGCAAGUCCGCGUGGCCGGAGUUUGGCGAGCUGCGAUCCGAUUACCUACGUUAUCUGUGGCAGGAGCGAUCCGUGGAGGAGGCUCGCAAGGAGUACGCCAAGCUGGCCGUCCAGCCGCCCAUGUCGCUGGCCCUGCAUCGCCAGAUGGUCCAGCUGGAGUCUAGUGUAGCGGUUCACGAUCAAGCUAGCCUCAAGUACUGGCGCAUGUGCUACGACUUCAUGGCCUGCUAUUUUGGCAAGACAGAGCCACGCGUUUGGGUGGAGUACCUCGCCUUUGAGCGGGAUCACGGCGAGACGAAGAACAUCUCCCUGCUCACACAGCGCGCCCUCACCACCCUAGAACCCCAAUACGUCGCCGCUUUUGAGGCGGAGCGGGCUCUGGCCUAUGUGGGCGCUUCUUUAGUUGGUUAAAAGAUAUUCUAGUUUAUUUUCUGUUUUCUUAUUUACUUCCUAAGUCAAUCCUCUACCCCGUCUAAAGUUAAUAGAUUCUAUUUUAAGAAUUUAUAAAAAUUUGUUGUAAAAAAUUAAGUUGUGAAUAUAUAAAUUGUAAGAGAUGGAA